AUGGGAGGUUUGGCAGCAGGAGGCAGUGGAUUUAUGGACUCUGAGGAGUCUAUAAGAUCAUCCAAGGUCUUGCAAGGUCAAGAAAAUUCAGGUUUUAUGUCACUAUAUUAUGGAUGUGACACGGUAACUAAGCAGCCAGAAUUUGAUAUCAGAUCUCCAAGUCAUCCUAAUCUUGCAUCAACUGGAGUGAGAAAGAUUGCUGCUGCUGAGUUUAUGAGGGUUCACCCUUCUAGUUAUGCAGGCUUCACGGAAACUAACAGGUUUCCAAGGAUCUUGCAAAGUCAAGAAAUAUGUCAAUUUAGAUCGCUGACAGGAAAGGCUGAUUUAAACUUUGGUGCCUGGGGCAAACCCAGUGUCAAUUGCACAAAUUACAACCUGCAUCAGGCAACCAAACCUAACUUUCACUCUCUAGGACCAGAAGUUAUUCAAACUGCAUAUUUUCCUUAUGGUGAUAUUCACAAAGUUGGACAAGGUAGCGGCACCGGCAUGUUGUGCUCUAAACCCACCAAUUUCCAAAGAGAGAGUGUCCCAUUUAACUCUCCUUCCUCACAGUCAAGGAUCAUGAGAAAUGAAGAUGGACAGUCAGAUGUUACAAUCCCAAAUGAGCAGAAGCUGCAGGACAAUAUUUCUGGUGCUUCUUCUUUAGGGGCGAACAUGAGGAUUCCAAAUGAUGACAAUAUCAAGGGGAAGGUAAAUGCUUGUAAACUAUUUGGAUUUCCCUUGUCCGGGGAAACCACCACCCAAAAUAUACAGAACUCAGCUAAACGAAGUUGCACAAAGGUUCACAAGCAAGGUAGCUUAGUUGGAAGAGCCAUUGAUCUCUCAAGACUGAGCAGCUACAAUGACCUGCUGAUUGAACUAGAGAGACUAUUUAGCAUGGAAGGCCUUCUAAUAGAUCCUAACAAGGGAUGGAGAAUCCUGUACACUGACAGUGAAAAUGACAUUAUGGUUGUGGGGGAUGACCCGUGGCAUGAGUUCUGCGAUGUGGUAUCGAAGAUUCAUAUACAUACACAAGAAGAAGUGGAGAAGAUGACAAUUGGGAUGCUCAAUGAUGAUACCCAGAGUUGUUUGGAACAGGCACCAGUGAUGAUUGAGGCUUCAAAGUCUUCCUCCGUGGGCCAGCCUGAUUCUUCUCCAACAGUGGUUAGAAUCUAG